GAGAGAAGGGAAAGCAGUUGAGAGAGCAGCAGCCAUGGAGAUGAUGGAGGCGCGCGGCGACCUGCGAUCGAUCCCGGUGGUGCCGCGCGGCGGGGCGCUCUUCUGGCCGGCGGCGGCGCAGGAGCAGCUGAGGGCGCUGUCCCCCGGCCCCGACGUCAGCCGGGUCGCAUCCGACGCGCUCCACGACCUCCGGCAGGCCCUCGAUCGCCCUCCCCGCGCGCGCCGCCGAGGGAUUCGCGCUCACGUUCCUGCCGUAGCACCGCGCUCCCGGCGCUCCCCCGCCUCCUCCUCCGCCUCCCGAAGCUGCUCGACGACCACUACGCCGGCGCCCGGGCCGCGCUCGGGCUCCGCCUCCUGGUCCCCCAGGACGCGGGCGCCGUGCUCUUGGGCCAGGAGCUCGCGGCCCUGCUCUUCUGCCUGUUCCCCACCGCCGGACAUCAAUUUCGACGCCUUGUUCGCGGUUUGAUCGACAGGGCACUGACUAAUAAUGUGAGGUGCCGGUUUUGUGUCGUUUGAGCGGCGGCUCCCUCUCCGGUGGCGUUGCUUACACUGACAGGCUGACACUGAUGCUUGGAUGAAAUCUAGCGCUCCCCUCUGCCCAUUCUGGGUAAGUGGUUUCAUCUUAUUGCUUCUGCACAGUUCCUCUGAAAUUAACUACUGUAGCACACAACUUAGUUGGGUUCACCUGUUUCAGUUGUGAAUCAGAUGUGAGCUUGUAUGCCAACAUUGUUUCAGACCAUAUGCCUCCCUCUUUACAUGAGAGCUUUCAACAAGUUGAUUAAUCAGUAGUGUAUCCGUUUACACCCAUCCUAUAAUGUGAUACCUCCGGGUAGCAUACUGCAUUCCUUCCUUCUCUAGUUUUGGCUGCUCAAGCAAUAUCAAGGCAACAAUUUGGCCUUGUAGCAACGUAAACUAUAUAGCUACCUGUCUUCAUAUGCGGAGCAGAUUGGCCAAAACUGUUUCAAUUGAGUUCCGUAUCCUUUACGGACGGCCUAUUUAGAGUAUUAUUAUUUUUCUUCAGAUUAGCAUCGCCUGGCAGGCGUGCCUUGGACACAUACCCAUACCAGUCGUAUGUGGCAUCAUAAAUUAGGUAGAAAUGUACUUCAGGCUGUGCCCAUGGGCUGCCUGUUCUAGCUUUUAUGUAAAAUGCUACUUUUGGGGUCUGCAGACCAUUCUUAGAUUCUUUUAAAAGGGCCCUGAUUCGUGAAAUGUUCUUUGCUACGUGUCUAACAAUGUGUAGAUUGGUCUACCAUACUCCACAGCAUAAUAAGCUCAAUUUUGGAGUAUUUGAGGACUGUUCGAACUUCGAAUUGCAGUAACCAUCUAGUGUAAGCACAACGGUUCUCAGAAAGAAGAAUCAACAUGCCCAAAAAUGCAUAACAGAUGAAAAGGGAAUAUGGUUAAACUUAGAACAUGGAAGUAAAUACUUGUGAAGAAAGUGUUGAAGGCAAAGACAGUAGUUGAAAAAGGAAAUAAAAAUAGAAGAAAAAAAGGGCCCAACCGGGUUCGAACCGGUGACCUAUUGAUCUGCAGUCAAUUGCUCUACCACUGAGCUAUGGACCCAUUUAUAUUUCUGCAAAUGACCCUAAUUAAUAUAUAAUUACACAAGAUAUAAGAUAGAUGGUGCAAUCUUUGUGUCUAAAUAUUAUUUGGUUCACUCUAUAUUAUGAAUGAAAAUUGAACAUCAGUUUGUAUCCUUACAGAUUUAGAUAUGGAUUAGAAUGCUAGUUAGGAACUUACACAUACUCAUGUCAGUUGUAUGUGCCAUAAUAAAUUAGAUACAUGUACUUCAAGCUGUGCUCACGGAUUGCCAAUUCCAGCUUUUAUGUAACAUGCUAUUUUUGGGUUAUGCAAACCAUUCUUAGAUUCUUUUAAAAGGGCCUAAUUGGAGAAAUGUUCUUCCUACGUGUCUAAAAAUACGUAUAUCAGUCUAUCAUGCUCCACAGAAUAUAAUACAGAACUGCCAUAAUUUUGAAGUAAUUGAGAAGUAUUCAAACAGCGGUAACCAACUAAUGUAAGCAUAACAAUCCUAUGAAAGAAGAAUCGACAUGCCAAAAAUACAUAAGGGAUGGAAAGGAAUAAUUAAAGCUAGAUAUGGUAAAAAAGAAGAGUAAAUACUUGCAAAGAAAGUGUGACAGUAGUUGAAAAAGGAAAUAAAAAUAGAAAGGAGAAAAAAAUAGGGCCCAACCGGGUUCAAACCGGUGACCUAUUGAUCUGCAGUCAAUUGCUCUACCACUGAGCUAAUGUUAUUGCAUUUGACCCUAAUAAAAUAUAAUUACACAAGCAAUAAGAUAGACGGUGCACCCGGAUCCUUGCGUUCAAAUAUUAAGUGGUUCACUCUGUAUUAUGAAUGCAAAUUGAAUAUCCUGAGACAGGGCAUGCUCUCCCCUCUGCGUAUCGAGAGAAAGAAACAACUCAGUUUGUAUCCUUACAGAUUUAGAUAUGGAUUAGAAUGCUAGUUAGGAACUUACACAUACUCAUAUCUUCUUUUUUUUUGCGAUGGUAAACAUACUCAUAUCAGUUGUAUGUGCCAUCCUAAAUAGGUACACAUACUUCAAGCUGUGCUCAUGGAUUGCCAAUUCCAGCUUUUACGUAACAUAUUCUUUUUGGGUUAUGCAAACCAUUCUUAGAUUCUUUUAAAAGGGCCUAAUUGGAGAAAUGUUCUUCCUAUGUGUCUAAAAAUACGCAUAUCAGUCUAUUAUGCCCCGAAUUUAAUACAUAAUUGCCUUAAUUUUGAAGUAAUUGAGAACUAUUCAAAUAGCGGUAACCAUCGAAUGUAAGCAUAACAAUUCUCUCAAAGAAGAAUCGAGAUGCCAAAAAAUUCAUAACGGAUGAAAAGGAAUAAAGCUUAGAUAUGGUAAAAAAGAAGAAGUAAAUACUUGCGAAGAAAGUGUGGGAGGCCAAGACAAUAGUUGAAAAAGGAAAUAGAAAUAGAAAAACGGGCUCAACCGGGUUCAAACUGGUGACCUAUUGAUCCGCAGUCAUUUGCUCUACCACUGAGCUAUGGAACCGUUUAUUUUAUUAGAUUUGACCCUAAUGAAUAUAUAAUUACACAAGAAAUAAGAUAGUUGGUGUGCCCAUAUCCUCCACUCUGUAUUAUGAAUGCAAAUUGAACAUCAGUUUGUAUCCUUACAGAUUCAGAUAUGUAUUAGAACGCUAGUCAGGAACUUGCACAUACUCAUAUCAGUUCUAUGUGCCAUCAUAAAUUAGGUACACGUACUUCAAGCUGUGCUCUUGGAUUGUCAAUUCCAGCUUUUAUGUAACAUGCUUUUUUUGGGUGAUGCAAACCAUUAUAAGAUUCUUUUGAAGGGGCCUAAUUGGAGAAAUGUUCUUCCUACGUGUCUAAAAAUACAUAUAUCAGUCUAUCAUGGUUCACAGAAUAUAAUACAUAAUUGCAUUAAUUUUGAAGUAACCAUCUAAUGUAAGCAUAACAACCCUAUCAAAGAAGAAUUGACAUGCCAAAAAACACAUAAAGGAUGAAAAGGAAUAAAUCUAGAUAUGGUUAAAAAAAAGAGUAAAUACUUGCGAAGCUAGUGUGGAAGGCCAAGACAGUAGUUGAAAAAGAAAAUAAAAAUAGAAUAGGUCAUGGUUCACAGAAUAUAAUACAUAAUUGCCUUAAUUUUGAAGUAACCAUCUAAUGUAAGCAUAACAACCCUAUCAAAGAAGAAUUGACAUGCCAAAAAACACAUAAAGGAUGAAAAGGAAUAAAUCUAGAUAUGGUAAAAAAAAAGAGUAAAUACUUGCGAAGCUAGUGUGGAAGGCCAAGACAGUAGUUGAAAAAGAAAAUAAAAAUAGAAUAGGGCCCAACCGGGUUCGAACCGGUGACCUAUUGAUCUGCAGUCAAUUGCUCUACCACUGAGCUAUGGACCCAUUGUUGAUUUUAUAUUUGACCUUAAGUAUACCUAAAUCCAUUUGUUACUCUGUUGCAUGUUUGACUCUCUCUGUUGCAUAUUUUCACUGGUACAAUGUCUUGACGCAUUCUGUUGCAAUGUAUUUGGAAAAAUAGUUUAGAAUUUAUAUCUUACUGCUCGUCUCAUCUUGCCUUUUUGCUGACAUGAUUUUUUUUUCUGAGUCUUUUCUUCCGGAUUAAUAAUAAAACAAUGAUCUGAUAUGACUGCAUCUCCCGUUUCCUAUGCUUGCAUGUUUAUUGGCGCAGGAUACCAAAAAGGGUGUGCUAUAUAUAGCCCACAAAAAUGGCGAGAAUACGUGAAAACAAGAAUUGUUCCGAGACCCCAAAACGGUGUACUAUAACCGACGAAAAAUGUCAAAAACACGAAAAAGGGGAGUUUUCAGGACAUCCUAGUAACUCUGUACCCGGAUCCACUGGACAUGCGUAACACUGUAGUAACCAUUUACUAGGAUCUGCUGGACCUUGAAUGUCUUGAGAUCCCAAAACGGUGUGCACACAUAGUUAUACCUCCUGAAAAGGAUGAAACAAUGCCUUUUGUACUGGUAGGAAGGAUCUUAGGACCAUGCUGAUCAGACUAGAAAAGAAAAGCUUAAUUUCUUCUCACUUGGAUAAGACACACUUCACAAAGUUGAGGCAAAUGGGCAUCUUGGUACCCAACGCAGUAUUUUUCAACUUUCUCCACACUUGCAGCGGAUGUGGCUUGUAUUAUUCCACGUAUUAUAUUAGCAAGUUAACAUUCAUUCACAAAAAAAGCAAGUUAACAUCACAGUUAUGAAAAUAGACUGUUUUGACAAUGACCUGAUUCUGGCUCCUGAAGCCAGGUCAAAUCCUUUUGAGUGUUAAGUACAAAAAAAAUCAAUAGGAAGCACAUCAGCUUAGCUGUACAUGGAUAAGGGAGACCCCACCCUGAUUGAGAGUUAUAAGCCUGGUACAUUGUCUUCAUUCAUCUGUCCAAGAUGUGUCAUUCUCCUUGAGGACUUUUCAUCAAGCUUGGCGGCCGCAAAAGUCGAACUUGGUCUACUUGCACUGAAAAGCUCUUGUCUGUUGACAUGGGUGACACUGAAGCACCCUGUAUGCAUCCACCAAGAAAUUUAUGGUAUACAAGUAGUACUUGUGCUGCCAUGAGCUGAAACCAUCUCUGCAACCAUGGCUCCUACUCUUUCACUUCUGCUUGCCACCACUUCCAUGGCUCUGCUCUUAUUUUCAAGAGCUGUAGCACAUGACACUCUGCCGUUGGGAUCCUCUCUAGCCGUCGAAGCCUUCCAAACCGACGUGCUGCAGUCACCGGAUGGCACCUUCUCCUGCGGCUUCUACAGCAUCUACACCGACGCCUUCACAUUUUCGAUAUGGCACUCCAAGGCUGCAGACAAAACCGUCGUCUGGAGUGCAAAUCGCGGCCGCCCUGUCCAUGUCAAAAGGGCAGCCUUCACCUUGCAGAGGGAUGGCAAUAUGGUCCUCGUAGAUUAUGAUGGCGCGGUUGUGUGGCAAGCUGGCGGCAACUUCACGAAUGUUCAGCAAGCUCAGCUGUUGGAUACUGGGAAUCUCAUCUUGAAGGAUACCGAUGGUAAGACAAUAUGGCAGAGUUUUGAUUCACCCACGGACACUAUACUGCCGACGCAACACUUCACCGCUUCUACAAAGUUAGUGCCUACAACCCGGUCACAUGUUUCUGGUAACUACAUAUUCCGUUUCAGCGAUCUUUCGGUACUGUCACUUAUAUAUGACAUUCCUGAGGUUUCGGAUAUAUACUGGCCAGACCCUGACCAGACUCUCUAUGAGGAUAAUAGAAACCAGUAUAACAAUACUAGAUUGGGGAUUUUGGACAGUAAUGGGAGUUUUGGGUCGAGUGAUUUUGCUGAUGGCCGGCCACUUGUGGCCUGUGAUGCAGGGCCAGGGAUUAAGAGAAGGCUAACUCUGGAUCCUGAUGGUAAUCUCCGGUUAUAUAGCUUGAAUGACUUAGAUGGGUCAUGGUCAGUUUCAAUGGCAGCAAUAUCUCAACCUUGCAACGUCCACGGCUUAUGCGGUCCUAAUGGAAUCUGUCACUACUCACCUAAACCUACAUGUUCGUGUGCACCAGGCUAUGUGAUGAGCAACCCGGGUAAUUGGACUGAAGGUUGCACGGCUAUUGUCAACAUAACAUGUGAUCAUCAGGAACCUAUGAAGUUUGUGAAACUCAAGCAUACAGAUUUUUGGGGCUCUGAUCAGAAACAUUUGCUCCCGGUUUCCUUUUAUUAUUGUAGGAAUAUCUGCAUGAAUGACUGCACCUGCAAAGGCUUUCAGUACCAGGAAGAUACAUCCUCAUGCUAUCCAAAAGCUAGUCUUUUCAGCGGACGGACCUACCCAACAAACGAUGCACGGACAAUAUAUCUCAAGCUUCCUGACAGGGUAAAUGUUUCAAAUACAGCUUUCCCUCGCUCCGAUGUGUUUGAUCCUGCACCACCUCAUCUUGACUGCAACCAAAUGAGCAUACCACCAAUUCUAGAAGCGCAUAACACCGAUGUGGAAGAACCAAAGUGGCUGUACUUCUACGGUUUCAUAGCUGCAUUUUUUGUCGUUGAGGUUUCCUUUAUAGCAUUCACAUGGUUCUUUGUUUUGAGAAGAGAGGUUAGGCCAUCAGAAGUAUGGGCGACCGAGGAAGGAUACAAGGUGAUGACCAGUCAUUUUAGAAGGUACAGUUACAGAGAACUUGUGAAGGCAACAAUGAAUUUCAAAGUUGAGCUGGGAAGGGGAAGCUCGGGUGUGGUGUACAAAGGUGUCUUAGAAGAUGAAAGACCAGUUGCUCUGAAGAAGCUGAAGCAUAUAAGUCGGGGCAAAGAAGAGUUCCAAGCCGAGCUGAGUGUGAUUGCUAGGAUUUACCACAUGAAUCUGGUGAGAAUAUGGGGGUUUUGUUCGGAAGGAUCUCACAGGCUGUUGGUUUGUGAAUAUGUCGAGAACGGCUCACUUGCUAGCAUUUUGUUCGGUGAUAAAAGCAUCAUCUUGCUGGACUGGAAGCAACGGUUCAAUAUUGCAUUAGGUGUUGCGAAAGGGUUGGCCUAUCUUCACCAUGAGUGCCUAGAAUGGGUCAUCCAUUGCGAUGUGAAACCCGAGAAUAUACUCUUGGACCAAAACUUUGAGCCUAAGAUCACUGACUUUGGGUUGGCAAAGUUACUAAACCGAGGUGGAUCCAACCAGAACACAUCUCAUGUGCGAGGAACCACAGGCUACAUUGCUCCCGAGUGGAUUUCCGGCCGCCCUAUCACGUCGAAAGUCGACGUGUAUAGCUAUGGAGUUGUGCUUCUUGAGCUUCUAUCUGGAAGCAGAGUAUCGGAGUUGACCGUUGGUUCAGAUGCAGAGGUGGACAUGGUGAUCAGGAAGCUUGUCACAAUGCUUGCAGAUAAGCUGGAAGGAAAUGAUGAAUCUUGGAUUGAAGAAUUUGUGGAUUGCAAAUUGGGCGGGCAAUUCAGCUAUGUGCAGGCUAGAACGUUGAUCAAAUUGGUCGUUUCUUGUUUGGAGGAAGAUACAAGAAAGAGGUCGACUAUGGAAUCUGUUGUUCAGACUCUCCUAUCAUCUGAUGAAGCUGAUAAAUAGUAGUACUAUUUGAUUUUGUUGGUAAGUUUCAAUUAAGGCAAUGAUAUUUUAUUGUAAGGUCAAGGAUGUAUGCGUGAAACAAUGUGGAAAAACCAUGAUAUUUUUUCUAAUUGUAGUCAUUGAUAAAAAAAAUGUAAUAGACCGAUGGUAAUAAGUGUGGAACAGAUUAGUAAGAGCCGCAGAAAGCGAAAGACGGCACACUGGUACAUGCAAGGUCACGUAUAUGGUUGACAUCAGUGUGUUGUGUCUUGAUUUCUAUCCUUAAGAGGAAAAAUGCCAGGCCAUGAUUUACACUUUGAAUA